GUUAUGUCCUCAAAAACAUCGCAUUCUUUGUUACUGAUUGGAUCCAAUGCAGUCCUUAGGGUUCAGAAGAGAACUUCUUUCAUCCAUAAAUGGAGUCACUUUCAAAGAUGGCAGGAGUUGGAAAAAGCUAGAGUGCGUGAAGAGCAUGUACGAGAUAUUGCUUUACAAAGGAAUUUUAUAAAAACUCCAACAGGAAUGUACUUGACACCUGAGAGACCAGAAGAUGUAUUGCCCAAGAAGGAUCCAGCAGACAUGACUCGUAAGGACACUGGAGCGCUUCCGAUAGACCUUCUUACUGCCCACACACAAAUGCGAUAUCUUGACCAUAGCUUUGACAAUAUCCGACGAUAUAGACGAUAUCGACACUUCCAGCACUUACAGAUGAUCCCAGAACGCCUGUUGUUUCUGGGACCUGAUCUUGCUGCGGCGCACUUCCUCGUGCAUAGAGGGGCUUCUGUCAAAUUUCUUGACGAUGAUGCAUGGUACAAAAAGGAUAAAAGUGGCGUAAGUAUUGUUGCUAAUCUUGUUUCUAUGAAACGAAUUAGCAUUUUGGUUAAGAAUUACAAACUCCCUGGUCGCAAAGUUCCUGGCCUUUACAUAGAAGCUAUUGAUGCUUCGGGAACAGAGCUUAUGUUUGAAGGUCUUGAAAAUCUACAAAACUUGAAACACUUGAGAAUGCUGCGCCUUGCUGAUUGUCCUUACGUUGACGAUUGGACAUUGGGAAGAAUCGGAGGAAUGAUGGAAAAUCUAGAAAUGCUUGACUUGAGUGGAUGUCACCGGAUUUCAGCCAAAGGAUUGAUGGGUUUGAAAAUGCUAAAGUCCUUGAAGUAUCUGAGGUUGGAAGGAAUUGAAGCAAAGAAUCUUGGGAAAGCUGCACUUCUGCUUGAAGAUACAAUUCCUUCACUAAAAGUCCUCGGAGUUGACUACGAGCAUGAGCUUGAAGUACUUGAGGCGGAUUUCAGACUUCUCCAAAAUCCUAGCGUUAUCGAGGAUGCCAAAGGCAACAUGUUUGCUGAAGAUGACAACGGUCGACUGUUCUACAUUGGGGGAAAUGUGAAUGAGCGCCCUGUUGUCGAUGACAAUGAUAAGCCUAUCGUGACAAGUACUAUUCGCAGGGAAAUUCCCGCCAUGAGUGACAGAGAGUUUGAUGAAAUUGACCAAUUGUCUGGAGGCAAGCUGCGACAUCUUCUUGUGGGGUCUCCGAGCGGUUACGAAUGGAAUUCACAGGUUCGAUCUUAUACAGAACUUUAG